AUGUCGGUCAAGAUAGCUAGAUGUUUUCAGGGCUUGAGACGCCUCCAAUGCGCCACGAUUGCGGUCGGGCUUGUUUGCUUGUCAGCAUGUGGAGCCGAGUUGGAUGUACAGAUCCCCGCUGAGGAAGCUGCAGUUUCCUGUGGCGACACAGAACCCAGAUUUGUUCCACUAUCUCUCUCAAAGGAUAAGCUUUCUCAGUUGAUCAAGUGUCCGGCUGGUUCGGCUUUGUUUCCGAAGGUGAAAGGGGACGCCUCCUCCGCACAGUAUUGCGAGGACUCGACCUGCACAAAAAUCCUCGCCUCAAUUGAAGGAUGGACGCUUGAAGAAAAAAGUGAUCCACAGAAAGAAGAGGCUGCAGAAACUGCAGAACUCCGCCAGGAAGAGGGCGGCAAAGAGAAGGUGUACACGUUCACAGUGAACAAACAACCGAGUCAAUCACAAACCCUCUAUCUCCAGUGCAGGUCCAUAGAGGUGUCACAGCCUGAAUCAACGUUCAAAACAGGCACAGAAACGCCGUCUGCCCAGCCGACAACAACUUGCACGUUUCAACUUGCUGUCCACGGCUCACAACUCUUCUCCAAUGAAUCAGAAAAGGAGUGCACGUUCGGCCAGACUUUGCCGGAAGUCACCCUCAAAUCCGGGGCAAACAAAGUCACGUUUCGGUGUGGAACGGGCGGAGUCCUGUCGCCUGCAAAUUUCGAGAAAACGCUCGAUGGAGAAAAAUGUCACGACGAAACGAGUUUCUCUGGACUCGACUUGGGUGCGAAGCUUGUAGAGGGGAAUUCAUCCAUAACAGAAGCAACGGUUCCCGCCUAUGCGCUGGAGGUCUCCAAGUUUCCAACUGACUCGAAACACGUCAAGCUGUGUUACAAAUGUGGAAAGCCGUCCGCUACACAGAAAUCUCCUUCUGUCCCGUCAAACAAGGAGGUGUGUACGAUCAUAGUCAAUGUGGUGCCAAACCCGAAAACAGAGCCGGAACAAGAGGAAGAGGGAACCGAGGACGUGAAACCUGGUGAACAAGAAAACCAGAAGCCGUCGGCAAGCGAGGCUCAAGACCAUCCCACGCACAGCUUCGAUAUCGCUGGCGCCCUUCUCCUCUCCUCUGUGCUGCUGCUCAACCAAACAGGUUAA